GUAAAGCAAGCGAAUCAAAAAUGUACAGGAGUUGUGUAAAUGUUCUUCUCAUCCUGUGGCUGGUUACGUUGUGCAUGGGAAAAGCAAACUACGAUGUGAAAUUUGAAUCGCUUCAGAAUCUAAAGGGGGAAGAGAAAACCCUGGUGGAAUUCAACUUUAGAUUAAUUGGACGAGAUCGAAGGAUCAAUGGAUCUUUCAUCUUUCACGUUGAUUUGGAUGAACAGUAUGACGUAUGGGUGGAUCUCGCGACAUUUAAGAACGGAGAAUGGAUUCCAGUGAAUUUAAAAGUGCGCACAAAGCCAUGCGAUUUUUUCAAGAAUGUGGUUGGAAAAUAUUAUAUAUCAAUCCUUAAGGACUCGAAUUUCCCCACUGAUGGCGUGUGCCCGGUGCCCAAGGGUGAUUAUUACGCCAAAAAUGGUGUCAUGUCCACUGACAAUUGGCCAGCGUUCACAAUAAAAGGCCUCAACAAAUGCAGUUUUACGUUUAUGAAAGAUGGAAAACUUGUAGGUGGAUUUGAAGUGGUAAUGAAUUUAUUUGAACGCAACACUUGAGCAAGCAGAGUAUUGGCAAUAUGGCAAAAAUGGCAUUAAUUAUUAAAUAUUGAAAGAACAUAAACCCCUUAAA